GCUAGUUCUGGUGCUUAAAAGGGGACCUUCCGCGUUUUGAAUCAUCCGCCCAAUUUCCUGCCCGACCUGAGUCUCGAAAUCGAAAAGCAUUUUUCGCAAAUGAUACCUUCCGAACCCUUUCAACUACCACCAGAUGCGCGCGCAGCAUAUGCGAUCUGGUCUCGUCUUCUUUCCUGUCUUGUAACCGAGUCUUUAUUACGGGCCUUUUAUCUUCCACUCCCACCUCAUGUCGGUUCAGCAGCCGGGAUCAUGGUUAUACUUUCUACAAAUCUUAUCUCGGAGAAUCCGUCAAUCUCUCGAGCUCUUGUAUCCUCCGACAUCUAUGCGAUUGUCCCUCUAUAUCAUGAGCCGAUUCUCAAAUUGGAAAGCGUGUUUCAAGAGCACGGAAGCAUUGUUGCACUUGUAGAUCCUCUUGAUAUGCUUCCUGAGAUCUACGAGGUUACAGAGAACCCUUCAACCCAUUUUGCAUCCGCUUUCGAAACCCAAUUUCAAACCGCCGUUUUCUCUGUCCUUACGCCUCCUCCUUGGAAACUUGCGAAUGCUACUCUUGCACGACUUGAAGAUCCCAUCCUGUUAUGGUCGCGUUUUGCCAAUGAACUAGUGCUUCCUACGGUACAGAGGGACUCCAUCCGGAAUGAAUUGUCCAGUUCAUUUUAUUGGCAAAGGCUUGCAUAUGAAGAUGCGCCAACAUGCCCUUCCAUCGGUAGCUCACCCAUUGAAUGGGAACAAAGUCUCGUUGAAGGACAUCCGACCCACCCCAUGCAUCGUGCGCGAAUGUUACCUAUCGACAUAGUUUCUUAUGACUGGACACACCCCAAAAUUUGUUUUGUUCGCGUCCCGAGGUCCAGCCUGAGUAUCUUGGGCCAGUUUGAAUCCAUCAUAAAAAAAUUGGCUUCCACCGUGGCUCAAAAUGCAGGUCUUGAAUUACCCUCUGACGAAUCUACGGUUAUUAUGCCUGUUCAUGAAAUUCAGCUGGAUACAAUCCUCGCCAAAUUCUCUGACGCACAAGCGCUCGAUCCUCGUAUUCACGUCAUCGCUUCUGCCCAAUCAAGUACAAGGACUGUGCUCGUUCCUGAACUUCCGGGAAUGAGUUUGAAACUUUCCGUGGGGGUCAAAAUAUCUUCUGCCCUGAGAACAAUCUCACACUACACAGCUGACUUUGGUCCGCGAUUCUCUGAAAUCGUCGUUCCCAAACUUUCGAUCGAUCCCAAGUUGCUGACUAUAGAGUGCGAGCCUGCCAGCGCUGUCUAUCGAGGUGUGGAUCCGGACCUCGCAAAACAUUUUACUGCCAUCUUGCGUAAUUACUUCCAGCCCCGAAACGGUGAAAAUGUGAUCGUAUGUGCAGCUCUGUUGGAGUCUGGCCACACUGGUAGCCUGAAGGGAGUUUCCGCUGUUGAACAUACUUUCGGCUUGGACACAAACGAGAAGAAGGCAGAAUUUUUAGACCACUACCUUCGUCUUGCCUGUGAGGCGUUAAUUCCGCCUCUUGUACACAAUGGCGUUGCGUUCGAAGCCCAUGCGCAGAAUGUCCUCGCUAGAUUCGAUAUAAGCACUGGACGUCUCCUAGGUUUCGUAAUUCGAGAUCUCGGUGGGCUGCGCAUACACCCCCCAACUUUAGUGAAAUCCAUCGGCACCGAUUUCGCAUUCCUUCAAGGUCACUGCAUUGCAACGGAAACUGUGGAAGAAGCGUACCCCAAAUUUUACCACACAUUCAUCCAUAAUCAUGUUCAACGUCUAAUUCGCGUUCUCGGGAUGCAUUACGACGGAUCUGGAUGGGAAAUGCUCAGACGCCAUUUGAAAAGGGUUAUACCUGCUGAUCAUGGACUACACAAAGCGUGGCUGGACCCGUGCAGCUCCGUAGUAUCUGGGAAGUGUUUAAUGAGAAUGAGACUUCAAGGUUCUUACCGCGACCAUGUCUAUUCCCCUUUCCCCAAUUUGGUUCAUUACCGUGGCGAAAAGUCAACACCCCAGCUCUAGUAUAUCUACAUGUCGCUCGAGUUUGCAUCGAAGGACGUAUGUAGGGAAAAAAAUCAUUACACCAUGUGGUAUCUACAUACUGGGUCAAUAGUAGUAUUACUAUGAUGGUAUUUAGAUGUCAAUAUUUUACGCACCGCGAAUUCCCCAUGUAUGAACAAUAGUAGUCUCGCGUCCCAGAAAUCACGGUCGUUCU